UCAACACCUUCCCAAACUCUCUCUCUCUCUCUCUCUCUCUCAGAGAACUAAGCUUCUUCGUUAUACUCUUUAUCUUCAACAUGGCGAAAGGUGGAAAGCUACUGAAGCUCAAGUCAGUCCUCAAGAAGUGGAACUCAUUCAGCAAAAGCAGCCGCCACAGCAUCAGCUCCAUAGCAUCCGCCGACGACGACAGCUACUCUUCCUCCAACGCCGUCGUCUCCUCCAGGGACCUACAUGCCGUCUACGUCGGCAAGUCCCGAAGACGCUACCUCGUCGGCCCCGACGUCGUCCACCACCCCCUCUUCAAGGAGCUGGCGCAGAGAUCCUCAAACGACAACACGAUCAAUGUAGCAUGCGAGGUGGUGCUGUUCGAGCACCUGCUCUGGAUGCUCGAGAACGCCGACCCUCAGCCGGAAUCGAUGGACGAGCUCGUUGAGUUCUACGCUUGCUGAUCGAGAAAGAUUAAGGAAUGUAUAUGCAUGGUAACUACUACUAGGUGAAAGUUGAAAGUGACUGAGAAAGAAGAAUGAGGAAUAACCGAAUAAGGAAGAGGAGGAUUGUACAUUUCUUUUUCAAGAGAUAAAAAAAAUUUGUAGG